AAGUACGGGGAAUAAUGCAUUUAGGAUUUUUGUGUAUCGGACUUUUUUUGUCGACUUUAACUUGGAGAUUCCCUUUCACCUGCUCAGAGGACUUGACUAUUGAUCCACAGAAACCUGCCCACUCCGAGUCUACCUUGCAGAAGCCUAAAGUAUUCAUAACAGUUCUUGCACGAAAUGCAGGACACAGCCUUCCCUAUUUCUUGGGCUGCAUUGACAGGUUGGACUAUCCCAAGGAUCGUAUCGCAAUCUGGGCUGCAGCAGACCACAGUGUGGACAACACCACUGCCAUGCUCCAGGAGUGGCUGAAGGAGGUCCAGAGCCAGUACCACUCUGUGGAGUGGAGACCAAUGGAGAAACCCAGCUUCUACGAUGAUGAGUUGGGGCCAAAGCACUGGCCGAUAUCUCGGUUAACCCACGUGAUGAAGCUGAAGCAGGCUGCACUCAGAUCAGCCAGGGGACAAUGGGCUGAUUAUAUACUGUUUGUGGACAGUGAUAACUUGCUGACAAACAAGUGGGUGCUGAGUGAUAUGAUAGCAGAAAACCUGACUUUGGUGGCCCCCAUGUUGGAGUCCAGAGUUCUCUACUCCAACUUCUGGUGUGGAAUGACUCCCCAGGGUUACUACAAGCGGACUCCAGAGUACAUCCCUAUCCGCAAGUGGAAACGCCAGGGCUGUUUCCCUGUUCCCAUGGUGCACUCCACAUACCUGCUGGACCUGCGACGCAGCGCAAGCCGCUCCCUGGCCUUCCACCCUCCCCACCCCCUCUACACCUACCCCCUUGAUGACAUCAUGGCCUUCGCAUUUUCUGCACGUCAGGCUGAUGUGCAGAUGUACUUAUGCAACAGAGAGCACUAUGGCUACCUGCCACUGCCCCUCAAGCAACACCAGAGUCUGGAGGAGGAAGUGGAGAGUUUCACCCACACCCUGACUGAAGCUCUGAUUGACUUCACCCUGGAGCCUUCUCAGUAUGUCCACUACAAGCCUAAAAAGCCUGGAAAGCUGGGAUUUGACCAGAUCUUCCUGAUAAAUCUGAAACGUCGUUUGGAUAGGCGUGAGCGAAUGCUGAGCACCCUCGCUGUGUUAGGCAUUGAUGCCACUCUGACAGAGGCGGUGGAUGGCAAAGCCCUAAACUCCUCUCAGCUGCAAGCGAUGGGUAUAGACAUGUUGCCAGGGUAUAAAGAUCCCUAUUCGGGGCGCGUGCUGACAAGGGGGGAGAUCGGCUGCUUCCUCAGUCACUACAACAUUUGGACACAGGUGGUGGAGCAGGGACUGCAGCGUGUGCUGGUUCUGGAGGAUGAUGUAAGGUUCGAGCCCAGAUUCCGGAGCCAGCUGUUGGGCAUCAUGGAAAAUGUGGAUCAUGCAUCGCUGGAUUGGGAUCUGAUCUAUGUGGGCCGUAAGCGGCUGCAGGUGAAGCAGACUGAGCGCUGGGUGGAGGGGGUCACUAACCUGGUGCACCCUGAUUACUCCUACUGGACACUGGGCUACACCCUGUCACUGAAGGGUGCUAAGAGACUCCUGGAGACCCAGCCCCUAGGCAAGAUGCUGCCUGUGGAUGAGUUCCUGCCCAUCAUGUUCAACAAGCACCCCAAUGAGGAGUACUUGGCUCAGUUUAAGAGGAGGGACCUGCAGGUGUUCUCAGUGGAGCCUCUGCUGCUCUUCCCUACACACUACACCGGGGAACCUGGCUACUUCAGCGACACGGAGACCUCCACCAUCUGGGACGACGAGGGGGUGGCCACCGACUGGGACCGCCAGAACGCCCAGCGGAGAAGCGAGCAGGACAGCCAGGCUCCCGUCACCCCUGGAACCUUGGAUGGAGACGAUGUGGCCCCGACCUCGACCAUCAACAACCGAGAUGAACUUUGAUGAGGAAGGACACACAC